UAAAGAUUUCAGAUGAUUAAUAGAUGAGAAUGGGUUCAGGGGAGAAGGAGGGAGAAGGUGAGGGGGAGAAUGAAGACCUUCAGCAUAAGAGCUAUACAAGGACGAUUGGAGAAAAAUAUGUUCUCUCCGUCAUAUCCGCCUGUGUCGCGGAGUUCGUAACAUAUCCUCUAGAUCUUACUAAAACCAGGCUUCAGCUCCAGGGUGAGCGCGGUAUCGGUGGUACAGUGUACAGAGGAAUGAUAUCAACUGCUGUAGGGGUAGCUAGAGAAGAGGGAAUACGAGCUUUAUGGCAGGGCGUAUCACCAGGUAUGGGACGACAUAUAAUCUACUCUGGAGCUCGGAUGACUAUUUACGACCUGGGCCGGGAUAUCUGGAAGGGUUCAGGGCGGGAACUAGAACUGGUUCACAGAGCUAUCCUAGGUAUGGUAGCAGGUGGGUUAGGACAGGUUAUUGCCUCGCCGGCCGACCUAAUUAAGGUUCGGAUGCAGAUGGAGGGACGGAGAAGGUUGGAGGGUUUACCCGUUCGUGUACACGGAGUCAAGGAUGCACUUUCUCAGGUUCUGAAGGAGGGAGGGGUCAGAGCUUUGUGGAAAGGUGCAGUUCCAAAUAUGCAGAGGGCUGCGCUGGUCAACCUAGGAGAUCUAACAACUUAUGACCAGGCGAAAGAAGUUUUGGUUUCCAAAGGUUGGUCGUCAAAAAGUUGGGUGACGCAUAGUUUGUCCAGCCUAGCUGCCGGUCUGUCUGCAGCUGUCAUGGGAACCCCAGCAGAUGUUGUUAAAGCAAGGAUGAUGAAUCAACCAGUAGAUGACAGGGGGAGGGGGGUCUACUAUAGAGGUUCUAUUGAUUGUUUACUCCAAGCAAUUAGAUCAGAAGGAGUGUUAUCUCUGUAUAAAGGAUUUGUCCCAUGUUGGCUAAGGAUGGCUCCCUGGUCUUUAACUUUCUGGUUGACUUUUGAGAAACUCAGAUCCCUGGCAAAUCUGGACUCUUGGUGAUCCUGGGUCCAAACUCAGAUCCCUGGCAAAUCUGGACUCUUGGUGAUCCCGGGUCCAAACUCAGAUCCAUGGCAAAUCUGGACUCUUGGUCCAAACUACCUUUCCCCCUUGGACUUCUUGUUAAAGAGACUGAAUACAUCUGUAGGGAGGCAUAGCCGUUUCAUAACGGUGCCCUUUAAACCUCUUUCUAGCUACACUGAAGAAUGUAUACCAGUCUUUAAAAGUGUUAAAUUCUGAAAAAUUCCUUUGGUGCCUCUGAAUAAUCUAUUUUCAGAGAGAAGAUAUCUCAUUCAUCCCUGAUCAGAUAAAGGCUGAAAGGGUACUGAUGUGAAUCGGAAAUGCCACUCAACAAAAAAGGAGUCAAUUGAAAUUACGACCAUAGUCUCGUCAAGUUGAGCCGAGCAGCGCAGUGAAGUUUAGAUCCGGUUUGAAAUCCAACUUUGAUUUGUAGUCGGCAGAUGUAGUCAUCAAGAUAUUUUUAUACUUAUACAUGCAAAUUUUUGAAAAGUAUUUUUUUUAAUAAAUUUAUGCACAUUU